UCGGCGAAAGCGAGCGACGUUUUGUCGUCAGUCGUUACGAAGCGCGCGUCCCGUUUCCCGCCGUCCCGCAGCGACCGCGCACCCAAGCAGGUUGUGCGGAGAGUGUCCCCCGUCGGCUCGGUUCGGCUCGGCUCGGCUCUGUCGCCGGAGGAUACCGGGGCAAAUGCUGGCGCGGCUGUCAUUGUUUUGAACCAGCUCCAUUUUCUGCCGGAGUCCGGGGAGAAGGAGGCGAUAUGGCCGAAGCCCGGGCGGAGGAGGAGGAGGACGAGAGCAUGAGGGAGACGAGCGAGCAAGUGGUCAGACGACAGCCCAGACCGAGCAGCUCCGGAGAUCGCCCCAAUAGACGUAAGCCAGAACAUCGUCACAGCCAGGGCCCUCUCUCUUCUAUCCGUGCUGCCAUCAAACGUACGUCCACCAGGUCGACCUCUCUUUCUGAGACACCCAGAGACAGAGACAGGAGGCGACCAGAGAUCACCAUCCUAUCAGUCGAGCCGCUGGCAUCAACUUCCUGGUUCCCUGGAGCUUCUGGGGGAUUCCCACCUCCCCCUCCCCCCGCUGCACAGAUCUGGGGCCCCACCAUCCCUCCCUCCAUUCAGCCUCCGCCCUCCUAUGAGGAGGUGAUCAGGGAGAAGACGCAGGAGCAGGUUCUCCUCCCUCCCUCUUCCUCUUCUCUCUCUUCCUCUUCCUCACGACGGUCAGUUUCCACGACGACCAUCGCCACACAGACGGAUGCAGGCUCGGCUCCUGAUGCUGCGGCCCCUCAUGUGAGACCAGUGAAACCACCACGACCGUCAUUUUCCCUCUGCCCCAAACCGCCCCACGUUGAUGACAUCACGACUGCUGCUAGCCAAUCAGCAUUUGACAGCAUUGGACAAAACACACAUUCUGAUGCUGACACAGACACACACUCUACCACACACAAACAGUCCAAAACACACACACAAACCUGUCACCUGCUCUCAGAUCUUUUUUUACCUUUGACGUCAACCUCUGGCGUGCAAACCGACAAAUGGGAAUCAUCUUCGGCUUCUGUUACUGUGGCAGCACCUUCCACCUUUUCUCCUGACAUCCCAUUGGAGCGUCCCAGGCCACGCCCUCGUUCUAAGCCCAGCCUACAGCCAAUCAGAAGUGAGGUUAAAGUUCAAACCCUGGUAAAACUCCGUGAGGACGGUUGGGCUACACUAUUUGCCCGUGGAGGAAGUGACAUCACCAAUCAAGAAGUGAGUCGGGGUAAGUACCUGCAGGAGCUCCUGGACGCCUUCAGCUCAGACGACUGGGGCUUCCCUGAUCACCGGAGUGACAGCAGCGGGCUCAGCCAAUCAGAGGGCGAGGAGGAAGAGGAAGUAGAGCAGGAGGAGAUGGGGACAUUGAAAGCAAGGAUACAGGCCUUUGAGCAACAACGGAUACAGUUGGCUGAUGGUGGCCAUGUGGACGGUAACCACGGAGAUGGUGGAAACACCGGUGAGGUAGUCGCCGCUAAAAAACCUGAACCCCGGCCACGCCCCCGUCUCCAGGGGCAACCAGCCAAACCGGGGCCCCCAGCUGUUGCACCCAAACCCAAAAACAUAGCACAGCCCUUGAAACCCUCCUGCAAGGGAUUCUGGGAAGAUGGAGGGUUGACAUCAGUAGCAGCAGACUUGGUAAGUGUAGAUGCUGUCAGAACGACAGAAAGCCUUCAUUCUGAGGUAAUCCUGAAACCCCAAACCCAGACAGAACCCAGUCCCUCCUGCAACCUGAAUCCUGCCCCAGGCUCAACACCCAAACCUCAAAAAACCGGUGAAAAGCCCCAGAUAUCCGCCUCCAAGCCCCAAGCUCCCAUUGAAACUCCCGUCACAAGUUUAUCUGUCCCGGUGCCGGCCCCAAGGCCUCUCCCAUCCAAACACACCUCUUCUCUGAGCCUCCCUCAGGGUGACACCUCCCUUCCCAGCCACCCCACUCCCCCGCCCAGACCUUCCGCGGCCCCCAGGGCCAGCCUGGGAGCCGCAGCCCAGGACAAGAGCACCAUGACCGGGGUCAGUGCUCCCACUCACCCUCCUCGACCCUCCAGCUUUGCGGCUAACAGCAGUGGGACACAGCGAUGUGUCAACGUGAAGACGCCGUCCUCAACUGCUGAGCCAUCGGCGAGCGAUAGCCACGCAUCAAACGUGAAACCAGGAAGUGCUCGUCCAGGACUCCAACCCAAGCCUCCCGCCCUCAUCUCCGUCGCAGGAAGAGCUGGACAGGCUCCGUCCCUGGUCUCUAAGCCCACCGGACCUUCACCUCCAGAAUCAGAACGUUCUUUGUCCAGACCUCCCGGCCCAGCAUCCAGUGCCAAGCCUCCAGGUCCCGGCCCCAAGCCAGCGCCCGUCCCUAAGCCAGCGCCCGUCCCUGCUCUGGCCCUGAGGAGGAGCCCGCUGCCCCCGUCCAACAUUGCCAAGCCAAACUCCUCCGAGCCGCCGCUCCCUCCACGGCCAUCAGCAGUUAAGUUACUCCCCCUUCGUCCUCCACCAAUUAAAAGUAUCCCUGGUAGACCUCCCCCACCCGCCAUAUACUCCACUUCCUCAUCGACAGCCAACCACUUGGCUCCCUCUAAAACCAACCCCUCCCCUUCCGUCCCAGUGGCCAAUCAACCUCUUGAUCCAAAGAUUGGCCCCACCCCUUUGCCUGUAACAGCUAAUCAGAUGCAGGUUCAAAGGGUAUCAAAGAGAGGGCCUCCACUGCCACCCCGCCCUAAACCUGGACACCCCCUCUAUAGUUAUACAACUCAGGAGGUCUUGGUUGCUGUGGAUGACCCAAGCCCCGCCCCCUCGGAGCCUCUGUUGAACAAGGGGUCACCGGUUGUGACCCCUGUGAUUGACCCAUUGCAGUGUCUCCUUGACCUGGAUAUCCAACCAGAAGCCCGCCUAGAUCCCAUCAGCCAAUCAAAACAAGACUCCAUCAGCCAGUCAGAAUCACAGUCCAUCCUGCCUGUCCAACUUCCUGACCAGAAACAACAGUCAGACAAAACACCUGACAGCGGUCCUAGGUGUGUCGCUCGCUUUGACUAUGAGGGGGAAGAAGAGGACGAGCUCACCUUCUCCCAAGGUGACACCAUCGCUCUCCUAGAUCUGAUUGGACAGGACUGGGGCCGGGGCCAGAUCCACGGGCGGGUAGGAAUCUUUCCGCUGAACAUCACCGAGAUCAUGGAGCCCCUCCCCCAGCCAACGCCGUUGUCAGGGGAAACGACAGACGACAAGUCGUCCUCAACAGUGACGACUUCAGAGAUUCAAACUACUGCACACAACUCUGACCAGGACCAGCAUUCUGUGGUAGAGGAGUGGGCUGUGGCCCUGUUUGAUUUCCCAGGCCAAACUGCAGAGGACCUGUCGUUCCAGAAGGGGGCGCUGAUCAGAGUAACAGAGCACAUAGACACUGAGUGGAGGAGAGGAAGACUGGAGGGGAGGGAGGGGCUCUACCCUGCAGCUUUCACACAACCCCAUAACGCUCAGCCAAUCUCAGCCCAGCAGUCAGUGGUGAGGGGUGUGGCCAAGGCUCUGUUUGACUUCCGAGCAGAAAGCGAGGAUGAGCUGACACUGAAGCUGGGGGAUAUCGUGACCGAGGUGGAGACUGUUGAUGAAGAAUGGAUCAUGGGAGUUGUAGGUGGCAAGCGUGGAAUUCUCCCUAAAAACUACAUUUCCCUACUGUAAGAGGAAAUCCUCCAGUCUUCAGAUUGUCCCAACCAAACUGAGUGGGAACGUGAUGGAGAACAAUGUCCAAACUUAUGCAACCGGAGACAUUUUGGAUCAGAUAUAAUCCCUGCAGGGAGGGGAUGCAAAAUGGCCGCCAUUGCAAAGGAUUAUCGGUAUUUGCUUUUUUUUAUGUGGAACAGGGCAACUCAUCUUAACUGAAAAUCAGCUGCAAAUAAAUAGCCUGCUAUAUCGCUGUAGUCGGACUCAAGCCAUGCACCUGCAGAAAGACAGCUUUGCAGAUGGAGACCUGUAUUGAUGACGCUAUGCAAAGGACCUGGAGAUUCUUCUUUUUACAUUCAUUCAUCCAGGAAGGUUGAAUAAGCUCCUGUCUCUGUUUCAGCACCGUCCCUGUCUCACAUUCAUACAUUCCAACACAUAAUGACCAGCAUGACCAGUUUUCUGACUUCUACUUGGAAGCUCCAGUGGAGCAGUCUGGGGGUUUGGUGCCUUGCUGAAUGGCACCUGGACUGUGGCUUUUUUUUUGGGAGGAGUGUGUCUUCCAUUCAGCCCCACUUCCUUUUUGAUGUGCUGAAUUGGUCCACUUGGGUGAUGGUGUGAUCCAAAGUGCCAUGUGUAGUGUGUUACCGGGACAACAGUGUUGUCUGGUGUUACCUGAACAUUUCACCUUUUAAAUGAACUGAUAAGAAACUUUUUCCUUCAUGGAGAUCGUUCAGUGGGUCGCUGUCGUCUCUCACCCUGACAAAUGGAGGACCUGCCACAAAAAUUGGCAAUAUCCAUCCCUCAACCAAAAUUACCAUGGCAAUGGAGAAGCCAAUUGACACAACCCUCAUGAUGUCUGACACCGCUACUCACUAUUACCAUGGCAACAUCACUAAACUUAUGCUAUGUUGACAAAUGAGCCUUGGGGACAGCGUUGCCUUAUUUGGGGGACAGUUUUUCUUGGAUGUUGCCUUGAUGACAAACAACACCACACCAGCCUUCUAUUAAUGGCCAAGAGCCAUUAAUUGCUGUUUCCUUGGAUAUGGAGAACCUUGCUAAGUACACCAAUGACUUUUGAGGUCACAGGCACCACGGGGGUGGGGGGGGGCACAUUGCCAUUGCAACAAAGGAGUACACUGUCCACCAAUGUUGCCUUGGCGAUAGGCCAUUGUCACCUUGUUAACAGAAACCUUUGUAACUGACUCAAGUUAUUUCCUGGAAUCAGUGUGAUUGAUCUGUUACCAUAGUGACUGAGAUUACUCCAAUGUCAUUUCAAUGUUUGUGGAGGUGAAAUGCAGUACUUCUAUUUCUCUUUCAUUAAGUCGGUUGAUUUUUCAGUGUUUUUAUAGUGGUUGUAGUGUGUCAGCAAGAGCAGGGAGGUAUUUUCUUAAUGUCUGCUACAGUAAAAGCCUGGAUAGAGAAAAAUUCACAGACAGUAUGGUGUGGUGGUGGGCACACUUAGCUGUUCACAUCCUUUAUCACAUGACUUUUCAAGAUUAGCCAGCAGAACUAAUCUCCUUUCUUUACUGGUUUAGCAAGCAGAGCAAACUUCCCGUCUUCACUGGUUUAGCUAGCAGAGCAAACUUCCCGUCUUCACUGGUUUAGCUAGCAGAGCAAACUUCCCGUCGACACUGGUUUAGCUAGCAGAGCAAACUUCCCGUCGACACUGGUUUAGCUAGCAGAGCAAACUUCCUGUCUUCACUGGAUUAGCUAGCAGAGCAAACUUCCUGUCUUCACUGGUUUAGCUAGUAGCGCAAACUUCCUGUCUCCACUGAUUUAGCUAGUAGCGCAAACUUCCUGUCUCCACUGGUUUAGCUGGCUAAACUCCGUAGGAGCUAAGCCUGCUGUUGCUAAGAGACCAUUGAAACCCUGUUUGAAAGGCAACAUUCGUUUCCUGAAAGCUGAGGUGUGUUUAACGUGUAGCACUGGCUGCUCUGAAUGCUAAAACCACGCUAACCUGUUUGCUGUAGGAUGUGUAGCAGCAGCGCAUGUCCUCCUAGAAAACCAGCACAGGGGUACAAGAGGCAGUAGAGGCCAGGCGUGAGGUGGACAUGCAGGGGGAUGAUGUGGUGUUUUGGGUCCAGAACAGUGUCAAGUCUCACACAGUAUUUCCUGGAGUGCGACUGUGUUGUGUGGAAACAUUAGUGUAUUAAAGACUGGAUGUGGACAGUCUGGGACAAGUCAGUCCUGAGGAACGAUGCUAACUCUUUUUGAUAAAGAGCUGCCGUUGUAUUUUUUUUGUUGUUGAUUUUAUCUGGUUAUUCUGGAAGAAGAACUUGUCUUUUUUCUGUUGUUAAAACACUCCAUCUUUCAUCUGCAGGCUUAACCCGUCAGAAUUCAAUUGUUUUCCUUCUCGUUUGGGUGGAGGACCAUGUAUGGUUUCUCUGAGUCUCACUGUGAGAAGACUCGUGAUAGGUUCACGGUGCCUGCAAAUGACCGUAGUCCUUAUGCUCCUGUCCAGAGACUUGCACUAAGUCAGCAGUGCCUUGCUCAGUGGAAUAAGGCAGCGAUUCAGUCAGUGACUCUGUGGUCUAUCUAGCUUAAAAGUGUCUCUUUUUUACUUGAGUCUGAAGAGUUUUGAAGUCCAGUCUCCAGACCCUCUUCUGAAACGUGUUUUUAUUGAAAUGUGCCUGUGUCAGAGUUUGAAGACAGUGUGGAGGAAGGAAUCUUACAUGUGGCGUGUUUAACUUGCUCGUUACGUGUCGGACAGCGUGACGGAUGAAGAGUUUUAAUGAACAGUUUAAUGAAGAGUUUUAACGAACGGUUUAAUGUAUCGCAGCUUUUUAACCCAAAUAAACACCAAGUUGUUUUAA